AUGGCAUUUGAUUCCCUUGUAUUCUACGUGAAGGUAUACAUCUUGAGAUGGGCAACUCGGAUUCUUGCCUAUCUGGAUCGAAAAAGAUAUCCUGCUUUAUCAAUUACUCCGAGCUCUAAUAGAAGCAUCCUAGUAACUCUCACUUCACCCGGGAAUUUCGACAUCUUUUUCUAUCAUCCUCCCGGUUACGAGACUGCCAAAGAUGCGCAAUACCCCAUUGUGGUCGUUCUUCAUGGAGGAGGCUGGUGUGUAGGACACGCCCGAGAUGACGAGCGGUUCAUUGCCACACUGACAGCGCGCGGCGCCGUCGUCGCAGCAGUCAACUAUCGCCUCUCGCCGGAGCAUCCCUAUCCAGCCCCGCUGGAAGAUUGUCUUAAUGCUCUUCUCUACAUUUGGGAAAAUGCCGCCACCAUGCGCCUGGACAAACACCGCACGUAUAUCACCGGCUUCAGUGUUGGUGGUACCAUGGCGUUUGCCUCACAAUUCAUGCUUUGGAAGGCGCUGCAAGAUGGACAUCCACGGAUUGACCGUGUAGCACUGGGUACGGUGAAAGGGAUUACGGCAUUUUAUCCGCCAAUGGAUCUAACAAGGAGUCGUGCUGAGCGGGCUGCCUCGAACCCGAGCUUUGCUGCGCUUGAGAAGAAGCCCAUUUCCUCUUCCAAGCUGAUCGGUUCGACUUUGGACAGGGCCUACUUUUGGAACGUCCAGAAAAUACCGGAUAAAAGUCAUAGUUACAUUUCUCCGGGGCUUGCUCCGGCUGAGAUGAUCAAAAUCGCCCUCCCAGAGCGGAUACACUUCAAACUGGCUGGUUUGGACCCGUUGCUGGAGGAGGGGAAGACUGCAGCUGCUCGGAUCAAGGCUUUAGGAAAGCAGGUUGAUUGGGAGGUUACGGAGGAUGUGCCGCACUAUUGGGAUCAUCUGGCCAAGACAGAGGAGAUGAAGAAUCUUCGGCAAGCGAUUCAUGAAAAGGCGGCCGAUGAGAUUCAGGAAGUGCUGGAGAUGAAGGACAGUAUAUAG